GAUAUUAAAGUGAAAAGUUUAAUUUAAUUAGCAAAUAAAAAUUACUACAACAACAUGAAAAUUAAAAAUAUACGUAUUAACAAAUAUGCAGCCUUCAUAGCACUAUUAUUUCUAUUGGAUUUCUUUGGUGUUUUCACUCACCUUUUCGAAUUGCAAUAUGAAAAGUAUUUCCAUUAUCCCCUGGAAGGUGAUGUACUGAAAUAUGCCCAGGCCAUUAGAGAUAAACGAACACACCUGGAAGACGGUGAAAUUGUGCCAAAACCAAUAAAUUUUUAUAAUUACACAUUUUUACAUCAACGCCAAUGCGAUUUGGUUAAGGCGGAAAAACCACAAUUAACAUUGUUGAUAAAAUCGGCAUUGCCAAAUGUAAAGAGACGCAAUGCCAUUAGACGUACCUGGGGUUAUGAACAACGUUUUUCCGAUGUUCAUAUUAGGAGAGUAUUUUUAUUGGGUGCCAGUACUAGCAGUUCCUUGAUGGACAUUGCUGACACGGAGGCCAGACAGUAUGGCGAUAUAGUACAAUCAGAUUUUAUAGAUGCUUAUUUUAACAAUACCAUUAAGACAAUGAUGGGUCUCAAGUGGUUGGUAGAAAACUGCCAAAAGGCCCAAUACAACAUGUUCGUUGAUGACGACUAUUAUGUCUCAAUGAAAAACGUUUUACGUUUCAUAGCCCACCCUACCUUAUAUCCUGAGAAUGCAGUCUCACUGAAUAGCAUGUGGGAGCAUAAAGCCAAAGUUCAACAUGAAAGACUCUUCGGUGGUUUUGUAUUCCAGACUCGUCCCCUACGCCAUAAAUUCAGUAAAUGGCAUGUUACUCUAAAAGAGUAUCCAUUUAAUAAAUGGCCGCCUUAUGUGACGGCAGGAGCUUUUAUUUUAUCCCGUGCCGCCGCCAUUGAUCUCUACUAUGUGAGUCAGUAUACAAAACAUUUUCGUUUCGAUGAUAUUUACCUGGGCAUAUUGGCUCUUAAGGCUCGCAUGCAUUUAACACACUGCGGUAACUUUCAUUUCCAUCGUCCCCGUUAUAGUGGCCCCGAUAGCUAUCGUUUUGUAAUAGCUUCCCAUGAAUUUGGUGAUAGUGAUGAAAUGGAGAGAACAUGGAAUGAUUGUCGUUCGGCAAAUUAUGCUUAAAAAGAGGAGAAAGUUUAUAAGAGACUAUAUAUUUAAUAAAAAACAGAAAUAUUUUAUGAAUGUAUCAUAUCAUAAGGAAA